AUGCUUUCCGAGGAUACCAAGGUCGGUCGCAUCGUCCUCAAAGGGCUCCUCCUACAGGACGCUUACACGACACGGUCUCGCUCCUCCUGCCGCCACACUACCCAGGACAUCAUCAUCCGAACGGUCGAAUACGCCAAGGUAAACGACCCCCCCCCCCCCCCCCCUCCUUACCUCACCUACCCGAACCACCACCACUGACCCUCUCCACACCUACCAUCCCCCUCCAGACGGUCGCUCACUAUGGUUGGAUUCCGUUGAUCCUUUGGGUCGGCUACACCAACUCGACCCCGAGACCGAACCUUAUCAAGUAA